UAUUGAUAUUGAUCCAAUUGCUGAUGAUCCUGUGAUCUUCACGAGACUGUACACUUCACCUUAUAACAUUUACUGACUCAUCCUCUCCCUCACAUUACUUCUAAUCGAGACUAAGGCAGACAGGUCUGUUCCACAAUGCCGGCUUUUAAAGAGCAAAAGCUGAAAGCUAACCUAAGACUAUGUAUCAACAGACUGAAGCUACUAGAGAAAAAGAAAACUGAACAGGCACUCAAGGCCCGUAAAGAGAUUGCAGAUUACAUUAAAGGCGGACGAUUAGAGAGAGCAAAGAUCAGAGUUGAGCAUAUAAUAAGAGAAGAUUAUCUUGUUGAAGCAUUUGAGAUCAUUGAACUAUAUUGUGAUCUGCUACUUGCCAGAAUGGGAAUGCUCAUCACUAUGAAAUAUUGUGAAGAGUCGCUCAUUGAAGCUGUUCAGACUCUAAUUUGGGUCUCACCAAGACUCUGUGCUGAUGUUCAAGAAUUAGGCGUCGUUGAGCAUCAGCUAGAGAUCAAGUUUGGUAAGGAGUUUGCUACACAAGCAAGAUCCAAUGCAGCCCAAGUCGUCAAUAAAAAGGUUGUCCACCGACUUGGUGUUGAAGCUCCGUCAAAAGCUCUCGUUGAGAAUUACAUGGUGGAAAUUGCCAAGAACUAUAAAGUUGAAUACCAACCUGACCCUACUGCUUUCAUAGAUCCUGCCGAGUUUUCUGCUGACCCAGACGAGAAGCCAUACAUGCCCGGUGGAGAUGAUGAUGGUUAUGGAGGAGGAGGAGGAGGUGAGUCUCUUUAUACUCGUGAUCCAACUGCCCCUCAACCCAUGAUUCAUCCUGGCUCCGCCUUUCCACCUCAAGCCACACCCUUUCCACCUCAAGCCACGCCUUUCCCACCUCAGGCUGGGCCCCUACCUCAGAAAGGGUUUCCUCCUGGUCCUGGUAUCCCUCCUGGUGGCUAUAGUCAGCCAGCACCUCCAUACACAGAGACUGCUUUACCUUACCCUGUAGCUGGGACUCAGUUGCCAGGACAACAGCCUCCAGCUCUACCACCAACAGGCGGUCCUCUGCCUCCUCCUAAUGGAGGGUUGGAUCUUCCCCCUGUACCCACUGAAGGUUUUUCAUCAACGACAGGCUCAGAGGGAGGAGGCGACGUUGACUUUGAUGAUCUUACUCGUCGCUUUGAAGAACUAAAGAGACGCAAAUAAGAACCAGCUCAUCAAUAUUACCUAUCUAAGUCUGAACAUUUUCUUUAUAAUUAAAUAAACAAAAUUAUUAUUAUUAUUAUCAUAUUGUACGUAGCUGAUUGUUGCAGUUAAUUAUUGAUUAAUUUUAAUGACUAAAUACAAUUAUGUACAUGUGUAUAUUAAAAUGUUCUUUUUUAAUCUUCAGUUGAAUUAGUUUUUGUUAUUGUCGGAGUAUGUUUUUGGAUAAAACUUUAAUGAGUUCCUCAA